GCUGAUUCUGUGUGUUUUGACACCAGUGUCGAGCAGGACCUCCGGAGAGAAAACGGAGAGUGAACCGGGUCGUGUUGUAUCAUCUCUCCGGUCCCGUUUUCCAUCAGUUCUUUUGGUUUUGACAGUAGUUUUAGUUUUAACUCAUCUGUUCGCUUCGUCUGGACCAACGACAGACACAAACAUGGAGAUAGAGAGAGAAGUAAAGAAGAUGACCCUCGGGCACGAGUUUGGCGCCGGAGCGGCCUGUUUGAAGUGCAAGGACAAGUGCGAAGGCUUCGAGCUGCAUUUCUGGAGAAAAAUCUGCCGAAACUGUAAAUGUGGCCUCCAGGAGCACAACGUGCAGAUGAACUCGGAGGAGAACAAGAAGGUAGGCAAGCUGUUCGAGGACACCAAGUACACCGGCCUCAUCGCCAAGCUGAAGACGGACGGCAUCCCCAGCUACAAGGGCAACAUGGUGACCAUCUCUCUGCCCAGCUCUGGUACCGCUUACAUUGUACCACCGAGUGCUUCUUCUUCCACUGUGGUGCCUCCGUUUGGCACAGCUGGUUCUGUGCAGCCUGCCGGUUCUGUGCAGCGUGGUGGUUCAGUGCAGCCUCCUGGUUCUGUGCAGCCUGCCGGUUCUGUGCAUCCUGCUGGUUCUGUGCAUCCUGCUGGAGCCGCUGCAGGUUCAGCACCCGGCAGCGCUCAGGGUCGGGCUCCCCCUCGGCCUCCGGUUCGGGCUCCGGGUCAGCCUCUACCAGCCGGCGUCACACCUGUCAAGGUGAACAAAGGGCCGGUUGCUGUCAGCGCCACACCAGCCAAUUUGGUACCAGUCACCCAAGAUGUGCCAAUGAAGACUGUCACCUAUGACUGGGCACCACCAGUAGCCAAUAAGUAUCUGGCGGUGCGUUACAUCGAGCUGCUCCCGCCAGAGAAACGUCCGGUGGCCGGUUCGGAGGGAGCUGUUUACCGUAGGCAGCAGAUGGCCCGCCAGCUGCCCGAGCACGACCAGGACCCGUCCAUGUGCCACGAGCUGAGCCCCGCCGAGGUCAAGCAGAUGCAGCAGUUCGUCCGCAAGUACAAGGACGAGGCCCUGGGGGUCGGAGAUGUUAUGCUGCCGGAAGAGAUGGCUCUGGUUCAGGCAGGACGGCAGGGAGGAGUUGGUGUCGGGGCUGGAGGUGCGCCCGGUGCUGGAGGGGCAGGAGGGGCAGGGUUCGGACCGGGAGUUGGCGGGGCCAGGGCUGGUGCUGGUGCUGGUUCUGGUUCUGGGCCAGGAGCUGCAGGCCCUGGUGUUGGCGAUUAUGGGCCAGGGUAUGCAGGCACUGGUGUUGGGCCUAUGGCUGGGGCUGGAGCUGGUGCUGGUUUUGGACCUGGAGCAGGGGGUAGAGGAGCUGGAGCUGGUGCUGGCUUUGGACCUGGAGCAGGGGGUAGAGGAGCUGGAGCUGGUGGUGCUGGACCACUUUCAGGGCCUGGGACUGGACCGUCUGCUGGCUUUGGGCCAGCUGGAGGAGCCAUGGGUACCACUGCCACUGCUGGAGCCAUGGGCGUCCCUGGAGCCAUGGGCGUCCCUGGAGCCAUGGGCGUCCCUGGAGCUCAGCAAACUGGACUACCAGAUCAGGCCUUUUCAUGCUGUCACUGCCAGCAGCCGAUGCGUCGUGGCGAGCCAGCAGUCUAUGCGGAGCGGGCCGGCUACGACAAGAUGUGGCACCCAGCAUGCUUUGUGUGUUGCACCUGCAGCGAGCUACUGGUGGACAUGAUCUACUUCUGGAAGAAAGGCAAGCUGUACUGUGGACGCCACUAUGGAGACAGCGAGAAGCCGCGCUGCGGAGGCUGUGAUGAGCUGAUCUUCUGUAAUGAGUACACUCAGGCUGAGAACCAAAACUGGCAUCUGAAGCACUUCUGCUGUUUUGAAUGUGACUGCAUCCUCGCCGGAGAGACGUAUGUCAUGGAGAACGACAAGCCUGUCUGCCAGCCGUGCUACAUGAAGAGCUACGCUGUGAAAUGCACAGCCUGCCAGAAUCCGGUGGAGCCCGAGGCCCAGAGGGUUUCCUACGGCGAGCACCACUGGCACGCCGAGCCGGAGUGCUUCAAGUGCGCCGGCUGCUCCAAGUGCCUGGUCGGCCAGCGCUUCAUGGCGGUGCAGGGCUUCCUCUUCUGCUCUGUGGAGUGCAAGAAGAAAACCAUGGCUUAGAGGGGCCAAAACAACUUCCUCCAUCUUCUCCACAACCACUUGUGAAACCAGGAUGGGUUCGGCUCAUACUGGAACCAGAGCAGGGAAAACAAACACUGGUGCAGCUGGAUUGUGGUUGUGUUGACAUAUAGAGUGCCUUGAUACCUCUAAUAUAGAGACGUAUGAUAAUAGCGGGUGCUCCUUUCUUUCUGUCCAUCACAGAAUCAGAUCACAGUAUUGAUAAAAAUCCGUCUCCUUCCAGUUUAUCUGCCUUAAAAUCAGUCGUCUUCUUUCAACACUUUCUUUCUUGCACUGUGUUUUCUUACUGAUGAGAUUAAUUUUGUAUCGGUCAGAGGUGGCUAAGCAGUUUGUUUUUUUAUGUUAAACCUGUGUCUUUAAUGGUAUUAGUGCCGUUCUACUCCUAUAGAACCUACUGUUGAUUUAAUAUGCCACCUUUUACUACUUCCUUCUUUCAAAAAACUACUGAUACUCUCCUGUAUGCAGCAAUAUGACGAGCAAUAUUAGCCAUGAGGUUUGGGGUCGCUUUGCUUCCAGUGCACUGUUUUCCAGAAAUGAAAUAAUAAUAAUAAUAGUGACACACCUGUAGUCUGCAGCAUGAAAUUCAACUUCAAGUGGGAAUUUCAGUGAGAGAUUCGGAAGUAAAU